UCAGGGGCUGAAGGAGCCGUGUUCAGCAAAUCAGUGGAGACGCCGCACGUCAGAGCCGAGCCGUCCAAAGAGCUGCGGCUGGAGUCUCCAACUCGCUCCCUGAUAAUGGAGGCUCCUAAAGGAAUCCAGAUCCUGGCCGAGGCCGGAGACAUCCAGGCCAUCUGCAGGAACGAACUACGACUGGAGUCCAAAGAUGGAGAGAUUUCUCUGGACGCUCGCAGGAUCCGCCUGAUGCGGCUGCCGGAGGGGAAGGCCUCCACCAGCUCCUCGUCCUCUGGGACCAGGCAGACUGUCUACGAGGUCUGCGUUUGCCCCAACGGGAGGCUAUUCCUCUCCCAGGCCGGCACCGGAUCCACCUGCCAGAUCAGCAACAACGUCUGCCUCUAGGACUGAAACACAGAGGUAUCCUGAAGGACAGACAGACGCACACGUAUCGCCUGCCUCUCGGACUGAUUCAAAGCAAACACAGACACAUGCAGAGACUUCCAGAGCUGAUGGAUGAACAAUCACAGAUACUGUACCGACACAGAUACACCGACGCACUCAUGCUACAAUCACAACAACUCAGACUGAUGUUUAGGCUCAACUGAACCGUUUUAAAGAACCACAACUGAACAUUUUCAACUUUGUGCCAAUAUUUCACUGCUAAAAAUAUUUUAUAUGAGUCUUUGAAACGGCGUUCAGAGCAUCAUGGGACAUUAAAACUCUCCUCCAAGUCUCA